AUGGCCUGGUUCAGGGUCGUCCAGGGCGUGGCCAGGCAUGGCGUGAGGAGGAGGGGUCUCGCUCAGGCCUACCAAGAUGUCACCAGGCACCGUCCAAUCCCGCCGUCGGCCUGCGGCUUCCAUUCGACGGCCCUCAGGCCGAAGGCCGCGCCGGUCCCUCGUCCCGUGCCGCUCUCGAGGCUCACGGACAGCUUCCUCGAUGGCACGAGCAGUAUGUACCUGGAGGAGCUCCAGAGGGCCUGGGAAGACGAUCCGAGCAGCGUCGACGAGUCGUGGGACUACUUCUUCCGGAACUUCGUCGGCCAGGCCGCCACCUCGCCGGGAAUUUCAGGGCAGACGAUCCAGGAGAGCAUGCGGUUGCUGCUGCUCGUCAGGGCGUACCAGGUGAACGGGCACAUGAAGGCCAGAUUGGAUCCUCUUGGUCUCGAGGUCCGUGAGGUUCCCCAUGACCUGGACCCGGCUUUCUACGGUUUCACCGAGGCGGAUCUGGACAGGGAAUUCUUCAUCGGCGUGUGGAGGAUGUCCGGGUUUCUAUCUGAAAACAGGCCAGUUCAGACUCUUCGAUCGAUCCUCAACCGACUCGAGCGGGCUUAUUGUGGGAGUGUGGGGUAUGAAUACAUGCACAUCGCUGAUAGGGAGCAGUGUAACUGGCUAAGAGACAAGAUAGAAACAGUCAAUCCAAGAGGGUACAGCAAGGAGCGGCAGAAGGUGAUUCUCGAUAGGCUCAUCUGGAGCACUCUAUUUGAAAGCUUCCUCGCUACCAAAUGGGUAACUGCGAAGAGAUUUGGGCUUGAAGGCGGAGAGACUCUGAUCCCUGGGAUGAAGGAGAUGUUCGAUAGAGCAGCCGACCUUGGUGUGGAGAACAUCGUUGUUGGAAUGCCACACAGAGGUAGAUUGAAUGUUUUGGGUAAUGUAUUUCGCAAGCCACUUCGCCAUAUCUUUAGUGAAUUCAGUGGUGGCGGAUUAAAAGCGGUCGACGAGGACGGUUUAUACAGUGGUACUGGUGAUGUGAAAUAUCAUCUUGGUACUUCUUAUGAUCGGCCCACAAGAGGUGGAAAGAGAAUUCAUCUAUCUCUUGUUGCAAAUCCCAGUCAUUUGGAAGCUGUAGAUCCAGUUGUGAUGGGUAAGACGCGGGCAAAGCAGUAUUACUCCAAUGAUCUGGACAGGACGAAGAACCUGGCUGUCCUUAUUCAUGGAGAUGGGAGUUUUGCUGGGCAAGGUGUGGUUUAUGAGACUCUACAUCUGAGUGCCCUCCCGAACUACUCAAUAGGAGGAACCAUUCAUAUUGUGGUGAACAACCAAGUUGCAUUUACAACUGAUCCGAAAGCCGGGCGAUCCUCUCAGUAUUGCACAGAUGUGGCCAAAGCCUUAAAUGCUCCUAUUUUCCAUGUGAAUGGGGACGAUAUGGAGGCAGUGGUUCAUGUUUUUGAGCUUGCUGCAGAGUGGCGCCAGAAAUUUCAUACAGAUGUGGUGGUCGACAUUGUUUGCUAUCGCCGUUUUGGGCACAAUGAGAUGGAUGAACCCUCUUUCACACAACCUAAAAUGUACCAGGUGAGUUCAAUAUCCCCUCUUGUAAGGUCUCAUUGAUUUAUUUUUUAUAUUUUUUUGGGGACCUUGAUUUGGAUUGCCCUUAGAACAUUGGUUGUAUGAUAUACCCAUAUCUAUGGACGGCGUUUGUCUAUAUCUUAAUCUGCUAUUUAUUUUUAGACAUACCUUGGGGAACUGGAAUACAGUUCGGCUAGUUUAUAUCAUUAGCUUCGAUUCUCACGAUAUUGUUUCUAGAGAAUGCGCAUGGAAUCUUCUGAUUUCCUGGCGUUUCUGUGAUGAUCAGGUGAUUCGUAAUCAUCCCAGUGCUCUUCAAAUGUAUGAAAGCGGGCUUUUGGAACUGGGACACAUCACCAAGGAAGAUAUCGACAGUAUACACAACAAAGUGAGUUCUAUCUUGAAUGAAGAGUUCAACAAUAGCAAAGAUAACAUUCCAAAUAGGCGAGACUGGCUGUCAGCUUAUUGGGCUGGGUUCAAAUCACCUGAGCAGAUAUCCCGCAUCCGCAACACUGGGUAUGCUGUGAAGUUCUCACUUUUCUUUCAGGUUUUGUUUUAGUCAUAUCUCGUAGAGAUCUUUCUGUAAUGCGUCGUGCUUGCAUGCAGUGUUAAACCUGAAAUUUUGAAACGUGUGGGUGAAGCUAUCACCACAUUUCCUCCAAACUUCAAGCCUCACAAAGUUAUUAAGAGGGUUUUUGAUGAGCGUGCCCAGAUGAUUCGAACAGGUGAAGGUGUUGAUUGGGCAGUUGCGGAAGCACUGGCUUUUGCCACACUUUUGGUGGAAGGUAACCAUGUAAGGCUGAGUGGGCAGGACGUUGAAAGAGGCACCUUCAGCCAUCGACAUGCUGUAGUUCAUGACCAAGAAACUGGGGAAAUUCACUGUCCUUUGGACCACAUCAUCAUCAACCAGAACGAAGAGAUGUUUACUGUCAGCAACAGGUUUUGCCUAGUUGUUCUCUUGUUAAAUUUGAGAUGUGCAAACAUUUGAAUGGUUGCAUUAGAUAUCUUUUCGGCACGUAUCAUUUCCUGCUUCUCAAUUUGGAGUGAAUCAUUUUAAGUGUACAUUUUGCGCUUGCUUCUGUUCUCCAUCCGGUUGCUCACUUGAAAAUAGAGCGGGAUUCAAUUUCUUUGCUUAUUAUUUCGUCCUGGUGGCGGUACGUGUGGCACCUGUCACAGUGGCAGAUUGUUAUACCUUUUUUAUUUUCAGUUUCUUCAUAUCCAUCCUUGCAUAUUUCUUGGUAGUCCCGAGACUAAGUAUUCUCUGAUGAAACUAUUAUAAAUGUUCCUUCGGUAUUCAAAUCUUCUAGGGAAUUUCUCACGUUUGGACAUUUUGGAGCAUAAAUUUUUCGAAAAUUGUUAUAUUCCUAGAGGUUGAAGUUAUUUCUCUUCUUGAAUGGCUCAGAGAAUGUUAUUUUGUAUUAUACAUGUAUUGGUUUUUCGAUUUGUUGUGUUUUAUAUCUAUUGUUUUCGACACCCUCUCCCACUCAAAAUUUUAAUUUUUAUGGCUUUCUUGAAUUGGGCGUUAGGAGGAGGAAUUGCGGACUAGCAUAAUCUGAUUUGAUUUCUUUUACUGUUAUUCUACAGCUCUCUUUCCGAAUUUGGUGUCCUCGGUUUUGAGCUGGGUUACUCAAUGGAAAAUCCAAAUUCUUUAGUACUUUGGGAAGCUCAAUUCGGCGAUUUCGCAAAUGGCGCCCAAGUAAUCUUUGAUCAGUUUCUGAGUAGCGGUGAGUCCAAAUGGCUGCGGCAAACUGGGCUCGUAGUUCUGCUUCCUCAUGGGUAUGAUGGGCAAGGCCCUGAACACUCAUCUGCGAGAUUGGAGCGCUACCUGCAGGUCUCGUUCCACUUCACUACCCCGCGUGCAUUUUUUCUCUAACAGUGCUUCUUUCCUAUUCUAAAUCUUUCUUCCUUCUUCUUUUUCUUCUUCUCGAGUACCAUCCUCUUAUCUUAUCUCAGUUCGGUGACAUACUUUCAACUUCUUUACCCCAUAACAUUCAUGGGUAAAUUGGAAACUGUUUUUCUUGGCUUUUACGACAGGAGAAAGAAAUUGAGGAAAAUAAUUUCAUUUGAAAGUGGCAAUUCAGCAUUCUUCAUCCAUAGUUUUCAGGGGUAUCUUUCUGACCGCUUCUAAGAGGCAUUUGCAUAUGGCUUUUCAUAGAAACGAAAGAAAUUCCUUUCAUUGUGUCUUUAAGGUGCCUGUUUUCUUCUCGCUCUAGCCAUACGGUUCUUGGUUAUUGACCCAAUAGUCCUCUCUUAAGAUUAUUUUCACCUCUUCUUGCUUGGAUUCUGUAAGGAUGAUUCACUGUCGGAGCUUCGUUUGUCUCAUGGAUUGCUGAUGAAGGUAAAACCCUAAUUCCUAACAGAUGAGCGAUGACAACCCUUUUGUGAUACCUGAGAUGGAUCCAACUCUGAGGAAGCAGAUCCAAGAGAGCAAUUGGCAGAUUGUAAACGUCACAACACCCGCGAACUAUUUCCAUGUCCUCCGCCGCCAGGUAAUGGAGAUGACAAUCGUGAGGCCCCAGUUCUAUAAUACCAGAGAUUGGCUUGUGACGUGAGGCCCCAUUGCUUUCAGAUUCACAGGAAGUUUCGGAAACCCUUGAUAGUGAUGGCUCCCAAGAACUUGCUCAGGCACCCGAAGUGCAAGUCCAAUCUCUCUGAAUUUGACGAUGUCCAGGGUCACCCAGGAUUCGACAAGCAGGGCACCCGGUUCAAGCGCCUGAUCAAGGACCAGAGCGACCACUCCGACCUCGAGGAUGGGAUCAGGCGCCUGGUUCUGUGCUCGGGGAAGGUGAUCGCCCUCGUCGAUCAGCUCCUUGUCUUCCAUGGUGUGUGUCUCAGACAAUAUCCCCUCAUAACUUGCAGGUGUACUAUGACCUCGACGAAGAGCGGCAGGCCGUAGAUGCCAAGGACGUGGCGAUCUGCAGGGUGGAGCAGCUGUGCCCGUUCCCCUACGACCUCGUCCAGAGGGAGCUCAAACGGUACCCAAGUAUGUGGCGAUCAAACCGAUUCCUGCAAUUUUUCUUACUGUGGGCUAUCUGGGUCAUCUGGGUUCUUGAUGCCAUAGCCCAUCAUUGGAAGAUCUCGGCACAUUCAUUGGGUUGCUCAUGCACCGUUGACCCAGAAUUCUCAUUACUUCGACAUGAAUGGACGGAUCAAGAAAAAUUCUAACUGGGUGGGGUGGUGGGGGAUUGGGUUUGCAGAUGCAGAGGUUGUCUGGUGCCAGGAGGAGCCGAUGAACAUGGGGGCCUACAGCUACAUCUCCCCCCGGCUCGCCACGGCCAUGAGAGGUUCAGGCAGGGGCGGUACGGAGGACAUCAAGUACAUCGGCCGCCCGCCAUCGGCGUCCACCGCCACUGGGUUCUUGAAGGUCCACCAGCAAGAGCAGAAGGAGCUCAUCCAGAGGGCAAUAAGAAACAAUGGGGACUGA